AAGAAAAGAUUGCAGUCACAAUGGCAUCAGCGACGGCGGCGACGACAAGACUGCUGCCGACAAGCGAAGGGCCGAGGGUCAUCGUCUACCAUCAAACAAUACACCGAGAUGGGAAAUACGUGUCUUUGCUGCCGCUCAUUACCAACCAGACGGGCGUGACGCAUGUAAUAGUGGCGGCUAUCCAUCUGAACGAAGGUCCGGGCAACAUCACUUUGAACGAUGAUCCUCCGCACGCUUCCAAAUAUGAAACGCUAUGGGGAGAGGUGGCAUGGCUGCAAGCAUCCGGCGUCAAGGUGCUGGGGAUGUUGGGCGGUGCUGCAAAGGGCAGUUUCGAGAGACUCGACGGACCUGAUGAUCGCAAGGAUUACUAUAAACCAUUGCACGCUUUGAUAUCCAAACACAAUUUCUCGGGCUUGGAUUUGGAUAUCGAGGAGCACAUGACAAUAUCCGGAGUUAUUCGUCUGAUCGACCGUCUGCGUGCGGACUUUGGACCUGCCUUUCUCAUUACACUGGCUCCAGUGGCUACAGCAUUGCUUCCAAACCAGCCCCACCUAUCGGGCUUUGACUACAGACUGUUGGAGCAGAUGCGCGGAAACCAAAUCGCAUGGUACAAUACACAGUUCUACUGCGGCUGGGGCGAUGCGACAACGACAUUCUGGUACGAUGCCAUCAUGAGCGUAGGCUGGCGUGCAGACAAGGUCGUCGUCGGUCUAGUCACGAACCCAGGGAAUGGAGCAGGUUAUGUGGAGCAAAGCACUUCCCACGAGGUGAUGAGAAUGCUGCGGGCAAAGUACCCGACAUUUGGCGGUGUGAUGGGUUGGGAGUACUUCAACUCGAUGCCCGGCGAGCACGGUGAGCCAUGGCACUGGGCUGCAGGCAUGGCGAUAGCAAUCAGGCAUGCUUUGCCGCCGUCGGGCCAGUUGCAGGGAGGAAGAGGCGUGGAGAGACCCGGUGCAGGCAAUUUGCCGCCAACGAUAGCGGUACCAGCGCAUUCUUUCCCUGCGCAGGACAUUGAAACACUGCAGAACUUGGGAUUCUCGAGUCAGCAAGCGAUUGCGGCACUCAAUGCAACCAGCGGCAACGUAGAGUAUGCGGCAGGGCUGCUCUUCGAGUAC